CUAAAGGUUAGUCUCAUGGCGCCCAACAUUGUCAAACAUGGUAGUGCCUUUUUCAAACUACACAAAGCUUUGACAUUGCAUAUGUAUUAUUAUAACCAAGUACUCUAACUACUCUGUUUAUGUCAAGAAACCAUGAAGAAUUUGAGCUAUCUGUGAAGUUUGUUAUAUCUGGAUUUAUUUUGUAAAACAUAAUUCUGAGCGUUAACUGCUUUACUCGGCUGUCUGUUAAAUGGCCCUGGUCCGUCUUCGAAAACUAGGUUUGCUUCGUCUUAAAAAUCAUGCAUGUGAGUCUCGCAGCGCGGCGUCAAAGGCCCAAACGAAGGAAUCUGAAUUGGGGCCAAUAUUCCAGUAUGUGGGACAACACCGAAAGCCCAAAGACAAAGUCUUCGUCUGGGGAUUCAGCUACACGGGGGCACUUGGAAUUCCUAGUUUUGUGAUUCCGGACAGUGGGAGAAAAAAACGCCGGAAAUAUCAGUUUACCCCGUAUCGGCUUGACACCGCAGAGCAGAUUUCAUCAGCAGCCUGUGGUUAUGGGUUCACGCUGCUGUCCUCUAGAACUCGAGACGUUACAAAGUUGUGGGGAAUGGGCCUCAAUAAGGACUCCCAGUUGGGUUUCCAGUGUUCCCGCCAUGACCGAGAGAAAAGCUAUGACUAUGUUCUGGAGCCUUCCCCGGUGCACCUUCCCUUGGCCAGGCCGCAGGAGACGCGGGUGGUCCAGGUGGCUUGUGGGCGCGCCCACUCCCUCAUUCUCACAGACUCAGAGGGCGUGUUCAGCCUUGGGAACAAUGCGUACGGACAGUGUGGGAGGAAAAUAGUAGAGGAUGAAGUUUACAGUGGAAGCCAUGUCAUUCACAAGAUUGAAGGUUUUGACAGUCGGGUCACUCAGGUGGCGUGUGGGCAGGACCACAGCUUGUUCCUGACUGAGACGGGCAGAGUGUACGCCUGCGGAUGGGGGGCAGAUGGACAGACAGGACUAGGAAGUUACGACAUGGCAUCCCGGCCUGUGCCUGUCGCGGGGGACCUGGCUGGGGUGAGGGUGCGGCAGGUAACUUCUUACGGGGACUGCAGCCUGGCCGUGUCGCAGGGCGGCGAGCUCUUCGGAUGGGGGAACUCUGAGUACCUGCAGCUGUCCGCCGUUACGGAAGCAAUGCAGAUAAACUCUCCACAGCACCUCCCCGUGGAGGAGGCGGGCAAGGUGCAGCAGGCCGCCUGCGGGGGGACUCAGGUGGCUGUACUGAACGACAAGGGGGAGGUGUUUGUCUGGGGCUACGGCAUUCUGGGAAAAGGGCCGAAUCUGUCGGAGUCCAAGACGCCAGAAGUGGUCCCGCCCACGCUGUUCGGGCGCUCGGAGUUUAACCCUUCGGUGCGAGUCACUCAGAUCCGAUGCGGGCUCCAUCACUUUGCAGCCGUCACAGAUAAAGGCGAGCUCUUUGUUUGGGGCAAGAAUGUGAGAGGUUGCCUGGGAAUCGGCAAGGCGGAUGACCAGUUCUUUCCAUGGCGGGUGACGGUGCCAGGCCAUGUGCUGGAUGUGGCAUGCGGGGUUGAUCAUACGGUGGCACUGGUCAAGUCCCUGAUGUGAGCAGGCCCAGACAUGAGACGGCCCUUAAGCCGGUUUGUCAGGCACCGCCUCCAGAGCUUUCCAUGAGGCUGACCUUCGACCUUUCCAUCGAAGCCGUCCUCAAGACUUAAGAGCAUCUGAAGUCGCAUAACGGCGCGUAUUGCAAUGGUGUACGUGACAUUUCGGUGAACGCCAUAGAUGGAAUUUUUUAUUACAGAUUCUGAAGUGGUCACAGAGGGGUAGGAUGGGUUGAAGGGGAAUCUAGGAUGCAAGUCUGUCAAACAGAUACUUUAAUAUCAGCAGCUGCUGACACCUUCUUUAGUCCACACAACCCACUGGAGAACAAUGCGCAAAAGCCGGUCUGUAGCACGUUUCAUGCACUGUACUGCUUUGCUCCCUAAACUUAAAUAUGACAUGAAUAUAAACUAAAAAAUGCGAUAAAACGUUGAUAUGAGUUAUAUUGACCUACAA